UCCCGUACCCGCGGUGGCGGCUGCAAACUUGCUGCGGCGGGCUGCGUGUGAAGGCACAGCCCGGCGGGGCGGCUCCGCUGCCCUCGCAGCCCCCGCCGUCGCGCCCGCAGCCCGGGGGACGAGGCCGCCGCCCGCGGGCAUGCGGCGCCGCCGCCGCGCCCGUCGAGACACGGUGUGGAGCCGCGGGCGGCGGGGCUGCGCUUAGGGCCGGCCGGGGCGGGAGCCCCAUGUCUGAGGCUCGCCGAGCUCCGCGGGCAGGCGGCGGGGCGAUGAGCUGGCGGGGCGAGCGGGCGCGCCUGGCCCCCGUUUUGCCCUGCUCCCUAACCCGUGGGGAGUGAGGCUCCGCGAAGCCCGCUCGGUGCUCCCGGAAGGGCGGGCAAGCGGGCGGGAGGUGGUGCCGGCGCGGGGAUGCUGCAGCCCUCCCCCGGCGCCGACGGGGUCCUGCCGGGGUAGCGGCCCCGCCGUGCCGCGCCGAAUCCCGCCGUCUGCGGGGGCGGCGGCCGCGGAGGGAUGGAGCCGACCGGCCCCUGCCGGGCGCAGCUGGUGUCCGCCAACGACUCUUACCAAAACUGUAGCGCCGAGGAAGUGAUCUACCAAGAUGCCACCCCCCUCUCCGGGAAGAUCGUGCUCGCCGUCGUCCUGGCGCUGCUCACCCUGGCCACGGUGCUCUCCAACGCCUUUGUCAUCGCCACGGUCUACCAGACGAGGAAACUCCACACGCCGGCCAACUAUCUGAUCGCCUCGUUGGCCGUCACCGACCUCCUCGUUUCCAUCCUCGUCAUGCCUAUCAGCACCGUGUACACUGUGACCGGCAAGUGGAAGCUGGGUCAGAUAGUCUGCGAUAUCUGGCUGUCCUCGGACAUCACCUGUUGCACGGCGUCCAUCCUGCACCUCUGUGUCAUCGCCCUGGACCGCUACUGGGCGAUCACCGACGCCGUCGAGUACUCCACGAAACGGACUCCCAAGCGGGCAGCGGGCAUGAUCGCACUGGUAUGGAUCUUCUCCAUCUGCAUCUCCAUGCCCCCUUUGUUUUGGCGGCAGGCGAAGGCUGAGGAGGUCUCUCACUGUGUGGUGAACACAGACCACGUCCUCUACACCGUAUACUCCACGGUAGGAGCCUUCUACUUCCCCACUCUGCUUCUGAUAGCCCUUUACGGGAGGAUCUACGUGGAAGCCAGGUCGCGGAUUUUGAAGCAGACGCCAAAGAAAGCAGGUAAAAGACUAACGCGGGCUCAGUUAAUCACGGACUCCCCGGGGUCGACCUCCUCCGUCACGUCCAUAAACUCCAAGGCUCCUGAGGGAUCCAGCGAAACGGGCUCCCCCGUGUACAUGAACCAGGUGAAGGUGAAGGUCUCGGAUGCCCUGCUGGAGAAAAAGAAGCUGACGGCCGCUAGAGAGCGGAAAGCUACAAAGACUUUAGGGAUUAUUUUAGGAGCCUUUAUCGUCUGUUGGCUGCCUUUUUUCAUCAUCAGCCUGGUAUUGCCUAUUUGCAAGGACGCUUGCUGGUUCCACAUGGCCAUCUUUGACUUUUUCACGUGGCUUGGAUAUCUCAACUCCCUCAUCAACCCCGUCAUCUAUACUAUGUCUAACGAAGACUUCAAACAAGCUUUUCACAAACUCAUACGUUUCCGAUACACAGGUUGAGAUGUUGAAUGCGAUGUGUUCUCCGGGGCAGCCCCCAUGCACGCCCGCGCCCGGCGCCACAGAAUCAAGUUGCUAUUGUAAAGACCCACUGCUUGAAACUUCCCCAAGCCCAGUUGCCAGACUCAUGAUGCUGCAAAAACGUCAAUACAUACUGCCACCAAACUGCUCAGCUCUGCGUUUCAGUGUAAUGACUCUGGCAGAGAUGCUGUUCCAAUAGGCACGCAGAUCAGUUGCAAAAAAAGAGGGCAGCCUCGAAUCAAGGUUUAUAAUUCAUCUGGAAUGAAGAAAAAAGUUUGAGAGUAAACUCCAUUUAUUUUGCAGGCUUAACUUCUUAAUUUGUUCUCCAACCGGUUGUAGGGGUGUGCACAAGAGCACAGUUGUCUCUGUCCGUGUUGGUAGCGUAGUUGUACUUCUGCACAUCUGUAAUUUCUUUCAGUGGAAAGAGUUGCUUCCUUCACUUAGGAGGCCAAAAGGAGAAAAAAGCAGCUUUUAAAA